ACAAAAGUUGACACAAGUAAAAUGAGCGUGUAUUUAAACCUGUAACACCACCGUAAUGAAAGUGACAGUUCCGAAGUUUACAUUAACGUAGACUAAAGGUCUCAACAAGGCGGAAACGGACCCUUCUCUGCUGCAUGAUGGAGAGUGUGCUCUCGGAAGAUUUGUAUCGAAAUCCCCAUCGGCUCUCCCACUGUGGAAAGACUAUCUCAUUUAACUGCAAACGGGCUCCGGGCACAAAUGACAAUGAAGGAAGCGAGUUAAUAUUCUGCAGUCUUUCAUUUGAACGGGAAGGGAACGCGUUUCUGAAGGCAGCUGACGGAGCGGCUGUCAUCAGCAGGAAAAGAUUAGCUCGUGUGGAUAUUGUGAAAUGUAAAAGCGUCACGGACGCUCAGAAGAGAGCCACCGCGCCAUGUGUUUUAGUGAUAAAGAAGAGUGAGAAAAGAAGCAGUUUUCAGUAUAGUCUUCUCACACUGAGCUCCUCAAACCGACUGGAGCCCUGUGUGGAGUUUAAACUCCCUUAUCAAAUGAAGGGGGAUGUGUAUAUUCUCCAGGGUCCAACUGUGUUGUGGAGGCAUGAAGGUGGUGUCCUUUAUACAUCCCCGCAGGCAGAAGGAGUGAGACAGGUUCCCAUUCAUUUCUCCCACUGUGUUGCAGGUGAACUCCCUCUCCAUAAAGGACAGGUGUUUGUUCUCGGACUGCAAAAGCUUCCAGAAGAGUCCACUAGCCAAACCCUUGGCUAUUUUGUUGAAGAUGGACAAGUGUUUGAUGGCAGUGUGAUUUUACCUCAUCUAUACAUUAGCAUCACACAGUGCAUCUUGGUGGUUGCGGCUGACAGAGUGGAUGGUGUGCUUAAAUGUGAUGUAGUUGCAGCAACAUCUAAUCGGCAACUUGUUUAUUUUGAGAAUGGAGUAGUAAAAGAUGUUUGUCAGUUACCCUUUGAGCAACCUGAAAAUAUUCAGGUAGUUAACACAGGAAGAUAUGGUUGUCUGUUUGCUGUAUCCUUUUGUGAGGGGCAUGUUUGCACCAUAUGGAAGGAAACUUUUCAGAUAGCUGCCCUCUGGUCAAGUGUCAGCUCCAUCCAUGUGGAUGACUUCCUGGGGUGUGGAACAGACCAGAUGCUGCUGGUUUUUAAGGAUCGAGUUAUAGCAUUGGAAGAAUUCCUCAUCACUGACCUUUGUGGUAUUUCAUUUUCUCAUUGCCAGGACACCGAAGCACCAAAGACAUCCCCUCCUCCACCAGAGAACUAUCUCCUUACACUUAAAGCUUUGGAAUCAAGACUGCAGAGUGGAUUGACCGUGCUUCAAGAGCUUCAGAGAGAAGUGACAGUGAAGGAAAGCGUUCUACGGCAGUCGGUCAAAGCCCUUACUGAUGUGGUCUCAGAAAGAGAGCCUGUUCUCACACAGCACGAGCAGGAAGGGCUUAUUGCUCUGUGGGACUCUGAUGAUGAGUCAAAGAACGAGGCCUUGGAUGACAAGAUUCACGACAUUCCAGCGGUGUCUUCAAAACCUCGAAUUGACAAGCUGUGGCAUCGCACCACUGAGGGCCGAAUAGUUGUGGGAGUGAUACUAACUACUGACAGAUCAGCACCAGUGACCAAUGUGAGCUUAUCCAUCCUGACAGACACGGGCCAGUGCUCAAGGCCCGCAGUCAUCCAGACCCAGAGCCAAGUGUUCUGGCUCCCUGCGCCCUGCUCCUCGCCAUCAUCAUCCUCCUCCUCUUCCUUCUCUGCCUCCACAUUCCCAGAGCCCCCAGCCAAAAAAAGCAAGCAGCACAACGCCAACAGCACCAAUGAUCUCAACGCAUGCAGAGUGGCUGUGACUGCGGUGACCAAGCUGACACCUCUGUUGAACUCUGGCCGUGUCAAGUGCCAUGUCAUGCUCCAUUACAUCCAGACACCAGAUGCUUUUUCCCUCAUGAGCAACCAAAGACCAGUUGUGUUGCACUGUGGCCAAGUUGCUUUAGACAUUCAGAACAAUUUGCACACCGAGCUGCUUAAAACUCCCCAACUCAUAGCAGAUGAGGUUAGAGAGGACUUCCUGAGUCUUUUAGCUGUGCUGGAUAACUGGGUCUUCCAUAUAGACUCUCCUGAAUACAGCUUAGGUGACAUAAAUGGCUGGAUUCAAAAAAGAGUGGGUUGUAAGAAGAUAGAAGUGAGCCCUCAGUAUCUACUAUUAAAUUCUUCAGGACCAUCUGCUCUCAUGCUGCUGAACUGGCAUCAGAUAACCCCUUUCCAGGGAGAGCUGCAUGUCCAUUCCAGCCAGUUACAGAUGUUCCAGUUCUUGGACUCUCUGCUGGCGUACCUCCCCGAGUCCUGUUCCAUCCAGCCUCUCAAAGGUGCUGGAGGUCAGGGUGCAUCUAAAAUGUUUGCCUUAGCGCUGGAAAAAGAGCUGGUGUCUCUCAGAGAGUAUGCUUCAUUACUACUCUGCGAAGAAGAUGAAGAGAAGCUAAACGAGAAGUGCUUUGGAUAUAAAGAAACCCCUGAUGCAGGUUCUGUAGAGGGGCUCCAGAAGUGUAGAGCGAUGUGCCAGAGGGACUUGGAGAGGAGCAAUAUGAAGUUGAGCCCCCUGGUGGAUGUGGGGCAGUAUCGUAGGCUGAUCCAAAGCAUGUCUAAAAUCCAACUUAAUGGGGAUUUGGCAGCACUCUUAGACAUUCAGUUUUCUCCACUAAUGUGCUGCAAUGGUUUUCAUGGUUAAAAAUCCCACCUCUAAGUAGCUCUUUAUUUCUUUAUUGUGUCUGGUGUAAUGACUAAAAAGAUACAUUUUACCACAAAUGAGAACCUAGCCGCUCUGCACAGCCUCUUUGUAUUUAUACCUUUCUAGUGUCUAUUGAUAAAAGCCUCAGCCCAUUUCAAUUGGACCAUGUGGGAAUCUUAAAAUGACACCUUUAUGAUGCAGCCCUCUGUUUAAUUUAUUCUUCUAUUCAUGUCCUUUUAGACUAAUGUGUUCAAAAAUGCCCUUUUAUGUCUGUUGCUGCCUGCAGCCACAUGCUAGACAGAGAUCACUUUCAUCCAGGAGUCAGAAACUGUUUGUGUUAUGAAUAAAGACACCACAUGAUGGUUUUG